AUGGAGGACGAGGUGGAUGUUGACAUCGAGGGAGACGAGACUGUCGGCAGCAUGAGUGAGCUGGAAGCAGCGGGUCUGGUCCAGGAGCAGUUCGUCCAGUCCGCGUGGGCGAGCAGCGCCGGGAUCCUGCCGUGGGAGCUGGACAGCUCGAUCAGCCCUGAGAACAGGGAGGUGAUAGAGAGGAUGCUGCUGGAGGAACAAUUCUACCUGACGGGGAAAGAGAUUCCUCCUCACCUCUGGGAGAGCGACACGAACAACAAGCCCAAAGUGAAGAGCUCUCCAGCCAAGACCUCCGCCGCAGCCUCGGGAUCCUCGUCUCGCUGGUCCAAACAGGAGAAAGACCUGUUUGAAGAAGGGCUGGCUCGGUUUGGGCGGAGGUGGACUAAGAUUGCCAGGUUGGUGGACAGCCGCUCCGUGCUUCAGGUGAAGAGCUACGCCAGACAGUAUUUUAAACACAAGGCUAAAUCAGAACCCAGGUCAGCAGGAGCCGCUCUGCCCCCCCCCCAGCCCACGCCCAGUCCGUCAUCCAGCCUGACCAACACUGUCCGAAUAGAGAAGCUCUCUGACGAUGAGGACGAGGACGUGGACAUCACCGAUGACCUGAGUGAGGACGGAUCUCGGGCCGCGCCGGAGCAGAAAACGGGCAGCGAGCUCCAGACACACAGUCCCGCAGAGGAGCGGGGGGGGGGCGGUCCUGGGGGAGAGAGCAGGCAGGAGACCGAGGACGGACACAGACGCGUCUCACUGUCUCCGCCACGUCAUCAACACUCCUCUUCAUUCCCGUGCUCAGAGGAGCCGGACGAGGCGGCGUCCCCUCCACCCAGCAGCCCCCAGACAGGAAGUCACUCAGACUCAGCGAUGAAUGACGAGGGCCAGAGCUCCACACAGACUGGACACCUGGAGGACACCUGUAGUGACGGGGCAGAUUCUGCUGAUAAGACUGAACAGAUCCUGAAUCAGAGGUCAGACGAAGACCUGGAGGAGGCGGAGGAGGACGAGGACGAGGAGGAGCUCAGGGUACCUGAGCAGGAGAUCACGCUGGACAAGGAGACCAUCGCCGAGGAUGAGAAACAAGCGAUCCCAGAGUUCUUUGAGGGACGGCCCUCCAAGACCCCCGAGAGAUAUCUGAAGAUCAGAAACUACAUCCUGGAUCAGUGGCUGAAGAGCAAACCCAAGUACCUGAACAAGACGUCUGUCCGGCCCGGCCUGAAGAACUGCGGAGACGUCAACUGCAUCGGGAGGAUUCACACCUACCUGGAGCUCAUCGGCGCCAUCAACUUCAGCUGUGAACAAGCCGUCUAUAAUCGGCCGAAGGUGGUGGACCGCUCCAAACAGAAGGAGGGCAAAGACGUGCUGGAGGCCUAUCAGCUGGCCCAGAGACUGCAGAGCAUGCGCACCAGGAAACGCCGUGUGAGGGACAUAUGGGGAAACUGGUGUGAUGCUAAAGACCUGGAGGGACAGACAUAUGAGCACCUCAGUGCUGAGGAAGUGGCUCUGCGGAGGGAGGAGAUGAAGAAGCAGCCUAAACCCUGCAAGAUGUCCAGACUCAGAGGGUCCUUUGAUCCCUUCCAGCUGAUUCCCUGCAGGUCGUUUGGAGAGGACGUACAGGAACCGUUCCAGGUCAUUGUGUGUGCAGAGACUCUCCUCAUCAUGGACAUGCACGCCCAUGUGUCCCGGGGGGAGGUCAUCGGUCUGCUGGGCGGGACGUUUAAUGAGGAAGAGAAAGUGUUGAAGAUCUGUGCCGCAGAGCCGUGUAACAGUGUGAGCACAGGGCUGCAGUGUGAGAUGGACCCGGUGUCUCAGACGCAGGCCUGUGAUGUGCUGUCGUCCCUGGGCUUCAGCGUGGUGGGCUGGUACCACUCGCAUCCCUCCUUCCACCCCAACCCCUCGGUGCGGGACAUAAACACACAGGACCAGUUCCAGAGUUAUUUCUCUCGUGGCGGAGCCCCCUUCAUCGGGAUGAUAGUGAGUCCGUACGACCCAGCUAAUCCAUCCCCCCACUCCCAAACCACCUGCUUGUUGGUGAAAGAGAGCCAGGAGCCCUCAGGCCCCCAGAAGCUUCCCUACAGGUUCGACUUCCUGUCGUCACAACACGUCCCAGACUGGGAGCAGACGAUGAGGAGAGCUCAGUGGAUCAUCCACAAAUACUCUCAGACACCCGGGAGUGUGCAGAUGGACAGAUUCUUCCGGAAAGACUCUCAUCUCACCUGUUUGGAGAAGAUGCUGUCAUCCCUCGCUAGAUACCUGGAGCCUCUCCCAGAGGAGGAGGGAGAUUCCUUCCUCACCCAGAUCCAGGCCCUUUUCCAGUCAGACUUUAUUUCCCAGCUUCAGCAGGAAGAGGAAGACUCGUCCAGACCAGAGGACGCAGAUGACUUUGCUUUUGAUCAGCUGAUCGGCCAGGAGCAGGGGGGAGGAGACUCUGAUCGGGAUUCUGACUGUGUGCCGCCCGCCACAGACACAACCUCAGAGACACACGGCGACUCGGUGUUACACCUGGGCUCAGUGUUGUCACCUGAACACGACUAUUUACUGUGAUGGAACAAAUCUCUCUCACUUCUAUUAAACUGCAGUUAUUUACCUCAUUAAAGUCUAAACGUUGAUGUUUUACCACGAGCUUUUGUAUCAGUGUUACGAACUGUUUCACUUUCUAUAUUAAAGUCCUUUAACCAAAAACCAAAUGAUUGACCCAACAGAGGUGUGUGUGUGUGUGUGUGUGUGUGUGUGUGUGUGUGUGU